AGUUGAUCGCGUUAUAAUCAGGCUAUAGAUUUUCCAACAGCAUUUUCCUAUCUCAGUCAUACAUUAUUUUCAUCGUAGAAGUUGUGACAUAGGUGUUUUUGUCAAACUCAAGAAAGUUUUACUCCGCUUUCGACUUUUUGAUUCAAAUAGUCACACAUAGUACACUCACUUGUCUCCAGUCAAGUUGUUGUAGGCGUGAUACGUACCACAGCAUCAUACACACGUCAGCAUCAAGACGGUUUGACGUUGACCAUAACAUACGCGCUCCGCCAAUAAGCAAGCGUCUUAUAAGUAUAAUACCUGCUUGAUGAAGUAGAUAAGGACCGUAUAUAUAUUCUUUUACGUGUAUAUUUGUGUUUGUCGCCCCGACCACAUACUACCGCGUAGUCGUCUCCACUGGUGUUUAGUGAUCUGUCUUUUCGCAAGUUUUUUUGUCCUUACAAGAAGAUUUCUAUCACCAGUUUUUUCACCUACCGGACGACCGGAUAUUUUUUCACCACCUCCUCCGCUGCGACUUUUUCCAACUACAGCAGAGCCUGAAGACCAACCUGCGCGACAACAGUGGUUGGAGUAGUGAAGUAGCCUGCAGUUUUGAACAAAAACGUGUCGAAGCGCGGUUUGCGAAAAAUUUUGCGACAUAAAAACAUACUCCACGACUCUAGUUUAUUGUGUUGUUUUGAAGCACAAAUAAAACUUGGCUCUGAACCGCAUAGAAGUACCAACGGUCUGUGAGUCUGUUCAUUUUUGGAAACAGAUUUUCGCACGACAAGAAUAAACAAGAACGAAGCAUUUUCUAUAAUCGAAAAUGGCGGCAGUUGCGAACGGAGAUCAUUCCAGCACGGUUCAGCAGAAGCUGAACCUCAUGCAGACGGAGUGGGAUGAGCAGCAGGAGAGCUUUGCCAAGGUACUAGAAAAGAACGGGAAGAUUUCUUGACAAGUGCAACUCGCAUGACAGAAAUCUUUUGUUAUGCGUGAUUUGCAUCUGGAUCUGCAAGUGCAGGCUGGUUCUGACGUAUCAUAACUCUUUUUGAUACGAACUUGUCUUGCUGAAGAAAUCGUCAUGAUAUCUAAAAGAUCAUACAAAAAUAACUUUCUCAGGAGCAAAAGGACCUGGACGAUUCCCUGGCCGAUUUAAAGGACCAGGUAUGAGACUACACAACUCCCCCCCUCAUUUGUAAUGCAUAAUACCGACUCCACCCUUUGCCCCUUGGCACUUUUUGCAUGACAAGUUCUGGACCGUCAAGCAGCACUACAAUAGUGGGUGAAUUUGUCAUGCAAAAACUGCAUUCUUGCCGACGCUUGUAUUGCUGUUUAUGCCAGACAAAUGAGGGGGAGGGGGAGUUGUGCACUCUCAUAUCAGGUGGAAAAAGCCCAGAAGGAUAAGGAACUCACCAAGCAGCUCGAGCAGGAGCUACAGAAGCUCAAAGACGAAAAAAUCGAGGCCGAGCGAAAGUGCACGCAGGCCGGAAGUUUGGUGGUCUCCGCGGAGAAGGAUCAGAGCUCCAAGGCGACCCUGAAGAUUAUCCAGAAGCUGCAAACCGAAUUGGACAAGGCUAAGUCAUCGAAAGAAUCAGCGGAAACAAGGCUGGCGGAUAAAACAGAAACGAUGAAAACGAAAAAGGAUGGACUGGUAUAUAGCUUACAGGCCUGUUUUGCAUUCUUUUCGUGAGAAUUACUUACACCAUGCUGAAUAACAUAUACACACGAUGGUGUCGUGAGGAUUGUAUUUUACGGGUCAGCAUUACAUCGUGGAUAUGGUUACUCGCGGUGGUGUAGUAGACGGUAGAAAAUGCCGCGUUCAUUGAACAAGAUUUGUGCCAAUGUGUAUAAAAAUGCAAAAAACCUCCAAAACAGAUCGCCCAGGCCAAGGAGCUGGAGGAAUCGAUGUCCAGCGAGAAGAGCGCUUUUGAAAAGAAGCUUGCGGAUUUCAAGAAGGAUGCUACGGAAUCGAAAAUUCAGCUGGCGAAACAGCUCGAAGAGUUAAGACAGGAGCAUUCUCUGGUAUAUUUUUCAUCUUGCAGGACAAAUUCUUGCAACAGUUCUACUUGCAACAGUGCUACUUGCAACAGUUCUUGCAACAAUUCUACUUGCGCAUGGCAGAUACCUCCACCACCAGCUUCUAUAGUAUCGUUGGCGUACUAGCGAGUUGCAUGCCUGGAGUUUUAAAUGCAAACGCAUGAUCCACCACAAAGACAAACUGAAAAUUUCUCAUUUUGUCAGGCCCGAGACAACUGGACGGAGUGCUCAGAGUCUCUUGCGGCUGUGGAGAGCAAUUUAGCCUCUCUGGAAGCCGACGUGAAGCAAAAGAAGGAGGAGCUUGCAAGCGCCCAAGCGGAAUACACUAAAAAGGUACCAGUUUUGCAGUUUUUCUUGUCACAGAAAAUGAGCAUGACGUAUUUACUCGAAACUGAUUCUGAUCAACGAGUUGUUGAAUGUUUAAGUUUCUGCUCCCAGCAUACAACACGAAUUCACCAAAACAGCUCACCCGCGCACGAGAGGACAGCGCUUUUCUGAAGAAGGAUAUGCAAAGAAAAAACUGUUUCACUGUAAACUUGUAAUGCAGAGAAUGCAUCUGUAGAAGUGUUUGUCUUGCUACACAUGCAAGACAAUUGAUUUCUCGCUGUGUUUUCUCUCAGGAACCUCGCAUGGCAAAUUUUCUCUGUCAUGCGGAACGAACUUGUGAUGCAAAGCUUGCAAAAUCCCUACAGUGAAACACUUUUUUCCUGUGAUAAAGGAGCUUUCGCGAGUAAAGGUGGAGUCCGAUCGGAAAAUUGCCCAGCUGCAAGAAUUGAAGCUGGAGAACAUCCUGGACGAGCUUCGAAAGGUAUAGAAGUAGUUUCUGGCAUUUGUAAUGCUAAUGCAAUAAAAUUACGUAUAGUAAAAGAACCAUGAAAUUUUCUUCGUUCAGCGAGGUCAGCAUGACAAAAUGAAAAUAUGCUGCUGUUUUCGCAACACAAAUUUCAUAAAAAUCAUUACAGAACAAGGAAACCGAAACAAUGGCCGUGAAGCAGCUGGAAUUUACUUCAGGCCAGGCUGACAAGGAGCUCGCUGAUGCCGAGACUUUGCACCAGAAGGUAUAUAGUUGAUUGUAAGCAUGACAAAUAUGUUUCCUACUGCUUGUUCUGCAUGAGAAAUUUCUCAGAAAAAUUCCGCCGCUGCCACACUCACUGUCUUACUCUUAUGUACGAUUUAUCGCAUGACAAAACCAAUCCAAACCCUCUAUCACAGAUCCUGAACGACCACGCCGUCGUGUCCGAGUCCUACAGCACGAAAAAAGACACCAUUCUCGCCGAGAUCGAGAAGUCGCGACAAAACACGAAGGAAAACGAGAAGCGAGUAGAGGAGAUCAAAUCCCAAAUCGCGGAUUUGGAAGAGUCAUCCUGGAACACGAAUGCCUUGUACGCGGAGAAAAUCGAGCACGCUUUAAACGCGGCGAACAAUUUAUGAAAUGCAAAAGUAUCGUACUAGUAUAAAUCGCAUUACAAAUUUCCUUAGCAUGGCAAAUGGAAUUUGUCAUGCUGUUCUAGCUUAGGAAGGCGACUUGUCAUGCAUAAUUACGAUUACUACGAGUACGAUACUUUUGCACAGCAUACAAUUCGUCCCAGUCGUCUGCUCCGUCAAGCGGCAAGAAGAAGAAGGGCAAGAAGGCAGUGGUUGAGGAAGUGUCGCCGCAACAGAAGAUGAAAAUGGACCAGGAGGCGGAGCUGGUAUAAUGCGACAUUUGCAAUGCAGUUUAUUUCCGCAUAGCAAAAAUUUUGUCAUGCAAAUCGUUGCAUGAAGGUGCCGAUUACGAUUUGUAUAGCAUAUACGACAACCAAAACCAUAUAUUUCGAAACAAAAAAAACAGAAACGCGUCCAGCUGGAGCUCGAGAAGGAGAAGCAGGCCAAGGAGCAGCUUACCUCCAAGAUCGACCAGUUAGAUCGGGAAUUCCGCGCCGAGAAGAAGAAGCGGGAGAAGUUGGAGAAAGCCGCCAAGCAGGGUGGCAAAAGCAGUCAAACCGGUAAUAGUAAAGCAGGGAACAGCAAUCGGGAUAACUCUCUCGCGUCCCGGGCACUGCAGCAGCAGAAGAAAGUGUACGAGAACGCGAACGAGGAGAAACAGCCGUUGCUCCCGAAGCAGAUGCUACAGAAGGCGCGGAAAUUUCUGGCGAAGAACAAGCCGGCGGUCAUCUCCUCGGUGGUGCUGAUUGUGUGCGGCAUGCUGGCCUUGACCGAGACUGGCGAGGUGCUGAGGCAGCGAUAAACGGAAGAUGUUGAAAAUAAAUACGAUGGUCGUCGUGCAACAGGAUCGAGUUAUUUCAGAUGAGGUUCUGCUCUCGUCUUCUUUGGGAAGUGGGGGCUGAAUUCGAUGAAAACCACACGCCAUCGGGGAAGCAGGGUGAGGCGAAAGGAGAUUUAUCCUCCUUCACACACUUCUCAACAUCAUGCGUUUAUUGCUCUGCAUCGGCAAAAUUUUAGUUUCACCAAAUUAUACGAAUCAACUAUGACAAAAAUGUCAUCUCUCAUGACAUCUAUCUAAACUCUUUUUUUCUUUUGACAAAAUCGUUCCAUAAAGAAGUUUUCUCGUUUUUCUAAAAGUCUACACCAAAAAGCAGUGCAGCGCUGGUAAGACUUUCUUACCCGGCCGCACUGUCUUAGAGCAGCGCACUCCUAGUUUUUUACUUCUCAAAAAGCUUGCUAGAAUUUCUCGUUUUGUUAUAUGUAGUUUUCAUCAACACAAAAUGCAAAUCCCAAUGGCAUCAUCAAUUUGCUAUCGUUUUCUACUUAAAUAAACAAAAUAAAGCAGCACAGUUCCUCAAGUAAAAGCUAUUGCAGCUCUUGGGAUGUUGACAUGAGACGCAGCGGUAGGUUUUCCUUGAGUUACGUGGCGGCACAAGGCUACAAACGAGGCAUCACAGCUUCUGAGAGAGGAUAGAACUUUACUAUGUAAAGAUGGAGCUGGUGAUGCCUGCAGAAGAGAUAUGUCCUUGGUCGUUUUAGUGGGUAUUUAUCGAAAGUAGGAGAGAUACAACUUAUUGCUGCAACAACUCUAGUACACUCUGUUUCGCAAGUGGGCAAAAAUUCUAUCACGGCACACCAAGCAAACAGCUCGAAGUUCGGCUACUUAUGAAAACGAUCGGAUCUACACACGACUAGGAACAGAAAACAAGAGGUAAGUUGUUUGCAGCAGUAGAGCCGGCGGUUGUACGCGAAAUAAAUCACACAAGAUCUAUUCAACAUCCCUUAUUUCCCUGGAAUAUCCACGACACUUCAUGCUCUUCACAUCAACUAUAAUCUCCCCAUCUUUACCACCGUACUCCUUUUCCUACAUUUAUUUUUUACGUAGUAAUUGCCUCUCUUUAUUCUCUCCGGCGACAGUGUCAGUGCCGCUUGCAUCCCAAGUGAAAGGAGGGGAUCUGUGUCGGGUGCUGUUGAACGACAACGAGCUCGAGCAGCGAUCGACAGCAUUACUAAUCGAAAAGCAACUCGCAGUCUUGCAUGUUUAACAUGCAAUACAACUUCAACCACUGCAUCCGGCGAUCUUCCAGUCGUUUUCCUUUCACUCACUUCCUAUUCACUGGCCCAAAUCGGAAAGAAGUUUUCCGCGGCAGUGAUUGUGAUUGAAAGAAAGGGGGGAUUGGAGCACUUCUAGAUUAUGUUGUGGCAUCAAAAGCUUGCUAAAGCGACACGCCCGAACUACGCUUUUAAUUUUUUUUCUCACAAACUCUCUAGAGCGAGCCCCCACAAAAGCAAGCGACAAAGCAAUCUCAAGAUUAGUUGUGGUCGUCGCGCAAGUGCGGGGGUUUGGUGUAUGAUAAGCGCAGGAGUUGUGACGCAGCCUGCUAUGAUAACCUCAGGCAACGUCGCAUCAUCAAGAUCGCAUCAGCGUCACGCAACGUAGAGCCUUAGUAUAAUUAUCCCACCUCCGGACUACUAUAACUACUAGGCUCGGUUCUAUUUCGGCAAGCAAGGCAAGAAGAAACCCUAAGAAUUAUAAUCAUCUUCGUCUUCCACCGAAGUAGGGGGAUAAUUAUCGUGGCGCUUGCAGAGCGAGCAAGAAAAGAUAGAGGUUCAUCACAACACCUCCAUACGGAGCUGCCUCUUGAAGAAGCUCCGGUGGUCUUGUUAAGCUCUGUAUUGUCUCUCGUGGCUGCGAAGAAGAGCGCCGACGGGGCUAGCACAACUCACCUCACCUGUUCCAAAAAUAGAAAAGAUUGUUUUCGUAGUAGUUCGUCUUCGAUCAGUGUUUGUAAGUAGUGUUUAUCUUCCCGUCCGUACUAUUUCAUCUGUGCUUUUUAAAAACAAAAAGCGUAUCCGACGUCAGUAUAUAGAAAGCCACACUGUACUAGUUUUGCUUCUACUCUGCCUAUCGACCGUACCGCGUAGUUUGUGUCACUUGGUUUUCUUAAUGUUUUCUUUCUUCCCGGUCCUGCUUGCAAGUUUCACUUUGGCGUACUAGUUUUGACUCAACUUUGCGAGCUCGCUGCUUGAUGGCUGUUGUACUAGAUCGAAUCCGAAAAUAAACAAGAACGGAGCGUGUCUUCAGCUACCGUAUCACAAAAUAAAUGCGUAUAGGAAGAAGAAUAAGCUAAAGUCCCUCCUUAAUUUCGUCAGUUUUUGCUUUUCGUUCGUAUAACUCUACUGUCCAAAUGUUGACUGUGAUGAGUUUUCCUCCGUUUCACCACUAUUGAUCUACUGCUUCUUUUUUUGCUUUUACUUUUUUUUGCAUUUUAUCCUCCAGUUAGAGCGUUGCCAGCAAAUUUAUUCUGUUAUGCGUUCUAACACUGCAUUCUGCAAAUUUCCUCCCGACGAAUUUAUCUUUCACACAACAAGAGAGGCGGUUGCGAUAAUUCGUAAACUUGCGGGACCUUUGAAAAAAAUGACAAACCUCGCUGGCCGUUUUGCUAGCACUUUUCUGCAUCGUAUGUUGAGGUAACAAGAUGAGAACCAAGGUAGGGGAAUCAGUCUACCGAGAAGGAUGCG